CUGUGGGGUAGAACUGGCCGGACAGAGAGGUUUGAGUAGGGGACCUGGGAGAAGCAGAGCCAGGUUUGGAAGGCUAUAAAGGAAACGAAAAAAGAAUCCUCCAAGAAGGGCCAUGCACUCCUGUAAUCCCUGUUUUCUGCCUUCAAGGGCUUGGGCCAGUGACAAUCCAAGAAUGGAUGAGCUAGCUGUCUCCCACCACCAGCAGCACUAGGGCCAAGUUACCGUCCAUGGAAUCCACGUUUGUACUGAACCAUGGCUGGCACGGUGCUCGGAGUGGGGGCCGGUGUGUUCAUCAUAGCCCUGCUCUGGGUGUUAGUGCUGCUGCUGUGUGUGCUGCUGUCCAGAGCCUCUGGUGUAGCAAGGUUCUCUGUCAUUUUUGUAUUCCUUGGAGCUCUGAUCAUCACAUCGGUUCUGCUGCUCUUCCCUCGAGCCACUGAAGUCCCAGCCCCAGAGGUCAAAAUGAAGAUUGUGGAUUCCUUUUUCAUCGGCCGCUAUGUCCUGCUGUCUCUCCUCACUGCUGUCUUCCUUGGAGGCCUCUUUUUGGUUCUCAUUCAUCAUAUCCUGGAGCCAAUCUAUGCCAAACCACUGCGGUCCUACUGAGCACUAUUCAGGAAAGCCAAGACCCUGUUCUGUCCUUUGCUUUUGCUGUCAUUAAUGAGCAGAAAGGUACUGUUCAGAGCCUUGUUCUGACAGCCGUCAUGCCUUAAGAUCAGAGAAAUAUCCAUUCGCGACUGGGACAAAUGCCUUGAAUCCUGGCUUCCAGAAAUGGGGUUGCAAAAUUGGCCCUGCAGAGAUGCUUCUCACCAUCUUCCGAGGAAUACUGCUAUCUUCUUGGCCCUUGUUCCUCAGGUCUUCUAUCUGUUUUGACGGGGAAAUAAAAAUAGUGUUCUGCUUCUGGUAGAUUUUCAAUCAAGACAUCAGUAAGUGGAUUUCGGGAAAAGGUGCACUUUGGCUUUCACUGUCCAGUAGGCAGAAGAAUCUCGUCCUUUUGAUAAUACACAGGAUUCUUAGUUACAAGGUUGGGAUGAUUUGGAAAGGAAAAGCACUCCAAGUUCAAAAGCUUAUUUUAGUACGAUGAGUUGGAAGACUUACCGAGAUGUUGGUCGUUGACCAGUGUGCACAUGGUGUCACAGAAUCUGUACAAGCAAUGGCUGUCCCUUCUCUCUGCUAUAAUAAAGCAAUAAACAACCGAAGGACUGACUUUCA